AAUUAAUAUGUCUGCGGAAUUUUCUGACAAAGAAAACCUUAAUACUCUGAACUGUGCAAUCAGUACCGCUUCUAGCCAGAGACAGAGAAGACGUUAUACCAAAAAGAGAGGCCUCAAGUGGAUAUAGAGACAAGUUCGAAGGGUUCUAUUCAAUCUCGGGUUGAGCUUCAGAAAGUCAUUAAAGAAGCAUAUGACUUCCUUGAUCAACCUGAUGAAGUGUAUGAACCACCUGAAGCCAACAUUUUUAACCUAACCAAUCAGAAAUAUGAUGUCUAUUCACUAGAAAGGAAAAAAGAAGACCUUCCGAAGAUAGAAACUGUUGAGGAAUUCGUCAAAAAGCGAAUUGAACGAAGUCAAAGUAUAGAGAAGCAAUCUGAUCAUCACUCUUUCUAUUCACGGCAUAAUUAUCAUAUGAAACAGCAAGAGACAGUCAACCAAGAGGGAAAAGUUCCUGAACUUCCUUCUAGUCAUAUUGAUACAGCGAAACUUGGCCUGGAGGAUAUCCCAAAGUUGCCAAAAUCUCAAUACACAGAAGCAUCCUGUGGAUGCUUCUCGAGUAGUGAUCGCAAAGUAGAAGAACCUUCAGCAGACCAUGUUUCCAGUUGCAUCCUUAUUCUUGGAAGAGAGAAAGAUAAUUUGAUUCAUGAGAUAAUGCUGAAAAGUCUUCCUGAGACACCAACUGAGGAAGAUAUGGCAAAAGAAGAUACUGAAGAAGAUGUAGCUGAAGAGGAAAAUGCCAGGAAUACUUCCUGAUAUGCAUUUCCGAGAGUAAGAUCUAUAUCAAAAAACAAAAUAAGAAUAAGAGACCAGAAGGGUUCUUGAGGGCCAAAAUUAAAAUUCGAUAACAAAUGAUUGAAGAAAUGCCGAUCUAAUUUCCAAAACUCGCCAUCCAAAGCCAAGGAAGGGAUUCGGAGCCUCAGUGAAAGAGAAGUUAUCAGUAAUGAAGCUGAAUAG